AUGUCCCAACCGCUUUGGCUGCUUGUUGAGUGGGUGGAUGAAAGAAAUGUUUUUUCGCACUAUGGUGUGGUGAACUCUGAUUCUCUAGUUACCAACGAAAGUGACUUUCAUACCGGGAAGCUGGUAUUCAUCAAGAACAAACAGGGUAAUGGCGCUCGGCGAGCGCAGAUCUUGCGGUUAUCCGACAACAAGAACUAUGUAAAAGAGCUAAAGAUAUUACUUCAGCGACAAGAUCAGCAGGUGAAAAACAUGGUUUCAUUAUGUAUGAACACUAUCAAGGAAAUGAAGUCAGGAUCCUUGUAUUUAGGAACGCAAAGCACCAGUCAACAACCACUAUCCAGUCCUGGUGUAUCCGGUGCUCCUCAACAAGUUGGCACCGAUACAGAUGAAACUACGGACAGCGAACAAGAGAGCAAUAACCUAAGUUUCAAUAAAUCAGUAGUCAAACAAAAUCCUCAGUACAAGUGCGCCGAAUCAUCUGUAGCUGUUUACAACAAUCGACCUACAACACAAUCCAGCAAGUUCUACAGUCGCAGAUCAAUGGUGAGCAGUACUCCACUACCUGGAAGAGAUAAUGACGAAAAUAUUAAACUCACCUUCGACCAAAGCACACAAACAGAUAAUGAGAUGUUAUAUCCCCCAUUACCUAAAAUCGAGGAGAUGGAAAGUGUACUCAACCGGCUUUACAGACAGUUCCUUUCAUUGAUAUCAGAGAUUCACAUAGACGAUGCUAUGUCUAUUUUAUCAGAGGUAUCGGAACUAGAACAGUAUGCCCCUGAACAUUCUGUAAACGAAACAUCAACAAUGAAAGAUGAAUCAACUGUAGAACAAAAUGGAAACACUACUGCUGGCGGAAUUGAGGAUAAAAAUCAAUUAAAACCAAAAGUUUUGCGUGUGAGACGUGCAUCGGCGCACACAACUAUUAGUGGAGAACCUGGGAAUAAUAAUGCAGAUAUGGUACCUAUUGGGAGCGGUAAUGUUUUGGUGCCGACAAGAUUACUCGCAGAUUUGGACUGGACGUCAUAUACAACUGCAACCAGACAAUUGCUACAGGCCGUUUUUCCACGAAGAGUUUUGGCGACUCACUGCCUUUCGGGAAAACAAUCUCCAGCAUUUACUAACAAACCACCGAAGAAACGCUUAGAUCCUAAAUUAGUUGAUGAUAUCAUUGACACUGUAGCUGAGAGAUGUGGUGUUCAUAAACGACUUGUGAGGAGCUGCAUUACUACGAAGUGUACUGAUGAAGCAAAAUUGUAUAGAAACCGUCAACAUUACAAACGUAUGCGGCAAAUGAACCAAAAUCAAGAUAACAUGCCGCUUUCGUCCGCUUCGUCGAACGCUUCUUCAAAUGCAAGAAAUUAA